GUGUUUUUUUCUGCACUUCAUACACCCUAUAAAAGGUUGGACUUAGGAGUCUUUUAUUUUUCAAGUCAUACUCUUGUCAAUAAACCAAAAAAGAUUAGAUUUUCUUGUUUUUGGAAUUCUUUUCACCAAAACCCAAAUCUUGUUUUUUGUUCUUGUUAUAUAAUUGAGGGUUAGUUUAUUUUAUUUUAUUUAAUUUAAUUUAGUAGUAUGUCGAAGAGUAUACUUGUGACAGGGGGUGCAGGGUAUAUUGGGAGUCAUACAGUGUUGCAAUUGUUGCUUGGUGGAUAUAAAACUGUUGUGAUUGAUAAUUUGGAUAAUUCUUCUGAAAUUGCUAUUAAAAGGGUUAAAGAAAUUGCUGGUGAAUAUGGCCAUAAUCUCUCCUUUCAUAAGGUGGAUCUUCGUGAUAAGCCUGCAAUUGAGGAGAUUUUCCGGUCUAACAAAUUUGAUGCUGUUAUCCAUUUUGCUGGACUAAAAGCUGUUGGUGAAAGUGUUGAGAAACCUCUGAUGUACUAUGACAACAACCUUAUUGGAACAAUUACCCUCUUGAAAGUUAUGGCAGCGCAUGGAUGCAAAAGGCUCUUCAUCGAAGAAAUAUGCCGUGAUGUACAAAACGCCGACUCUGAAUGGAAAAUCAUAUUGUUGCGGUACUUUAAUCCUGUUGGUGCUCAUCCAAGUGGCAAAAUUGGUGAAGAUCCACGAGGAAUUCCCAACAACCUUAUGCCAUUUGUUCAACAAGUUGCUGUUGGCAGAAGAAAAGAGCUGACAGUUUAUGGAACUGAUUAUAAGACGAAGGAUGGUACAGGGGUUCGCGAUUACAUUCAUGUUGUGGAUUUAGCAGAUGGACACAUAGCUGCCUUGCAGAAGCUAUCUGAUCCUUCCAUAGGCUGUGAAGUGUACAACUUGGGAACUGGAAAAGGAACUUCAGUCUUUGAAAUGGUAGCUGCAUUUGAGAAGGCAUCGGGAAAGAAAAUUCCACUGGUGAUGUCUGGUCGACGCCCUGGAGAUGCUGAAAUUGUAUAUGCUGCUACCGAGAAAGCAGAACGUGAAUUGAAGUGGAAGGCGAAAUAUGGCAUUGAAGAGAUGUGUAGGGAUCAGUGGAACUGGGCUAAGAAGAAUCCCUAUGGCUAUGAUGGAACUCCGGAAUCUAAUAAUUGUCACUGAAUUAUACUUCCAACUGCAUAAUAUGGUCAUAGCCGUUAUGUAUCCAUACAGUUAUUUUACCAACCAGUGGCCAUCAGUCUUUAAAGGGAUGAUUCAGCGUAUAGUUCUAGGGGUUAUAGAGGGGAUGCUAAUGUUUAUAUUGUCUAACUUAUAAGUUUCAGAGUGUAAUUGGGAGUUUCUAUGAGUCAGUAGUGAGAAAAAAAGGAAAUUUAGAAAGUUUAUGAAUAAUAACCUGUUCAAUUUAAGCAUAUAGUAGUAUUUCAUUUGUUCUUUCAUUCCUAUUCUUUCUUGUAUAAUAACUAUUAGCAUUUGGUUCUUGUUUUAGCACGCCAUAGCUGACCCUGAUUAAUUUGGGAUUGACACAUGGUUGAUUGAUAGAUAUAAUAGAAUCAUUCUUUAUUACA